AUGACUGCGCGACCUCUUGUGAGCUUGGUUACUGGGGCUGGUUCGGGAUUUGGAGCCUUGACAGCGCGUGCGCUCGCCAGAUCGGGUCAUACUGUAUAUGCUGGCUUUCUCCAGUCCAAAGACGACAAAUCUUCCGUGUACAGGGACGCUGCAAAUUUUGCCAGAGAUAAUAACUGUCAGCUUCGAGGCAUACAGCUCAAUGUCGUCAAGGACGACUCGAUCAAGAGAGCGGUCGACAAGAUCAUGGCCGAUGAGGGGAGGAUAGACGUUGUUGUCCACAAUGCCGGACACAUGAACUUUGGUCCCGCCGAGGCAUAUACGCCAGAACAAUUCAUGGAGAUGUACGACGUCAAUUGUCUGUCUUGUCAACGCAUCAAUCGAAUCGUCCUGCCCCAUAUGAGACAGGCCAGAACUGGACUGCUUGUGUGGAUAUCAUCCAGCAGUGCUCAUGGGCCGAGCUCUCCGUUUCUAGGACCAUAUUUUGCGGCAAAGGCUGCCCAAGACUCCCUCGCACAGACCUAUGCCGCGGAACUGACCCCGUUCGGUAUUGAAACAUCGAUAGUCGUUCCCGGCGUCUUUACAAAGGGCACCAAUCAUUUCGCCACAGCCAUGAAGGCCGGAGAUGCGGCAGUCGAGCAUGGGUAUAUGGAAGGCGCUCUAAAAGGAUGGGAUCGGAUCUGUGCCGAAGGUCAUGGCAACAUAGUUUCACCUGAUGCCGAUCCUGGAGCUGUUGCUGAAGCUGUUCGCCGCGUGGUUGAUACAGAACAUGGUAAGCGGCCGUUUAGAGUGCAUGUUGAGUUCGACGGAGGUGGUGCAACCAUCGUCAAUGGCGUGCGUGAUCUUGUGAGGGAGACCUUUCUCACCAAGUUGGGACUGGCAGAACUAUUGAAGGUCAAGAUAUUCAAGUGA